UGGACCUGUGGGUGUGGGGAUGGGUUCUGAAGAUGAGGGAGGGCUAGAACGUCAGGCACGAUGACCCAGCUCACCUGCAGGAGGUGCUCAGGCUGCCCUUUGUGUGCCCAGUUCUGGACUCCUGUAUUCAGUGGUGAGUCCUCACCUGUCUGCUCUCUUCUUGCUCCAGCCCGGGCUGGCCCCAUGGGUCCCCUGCGGGACCUCUCAGUGCACAGCAGGGCCUCUAAGUGUCUGUUCCGUGGAGCAGACACCCUUCUGACCCCUGUGGCUCUGGCUUAUCCAUUUCCUGUGUCCUGUAGGUUCACCUCCUGAUCUGUAGGCCUGGGGCCUCCCUGCCCAGAGUCCAUCAUGGGUGUCCUGGUUCCUGCUGGCCUGGUUGUCCGUUUGUUGUCCAAGCCUGAGUGGGCCUCCCUGAGAGCUUCAUGUGGUUGGGAGGAGCCCUACUUGCGCCCUCCUUUUUGAGGCUACCCCCCUCUGCCCUGCAGUCUGGCCAGCGGCUUUUAAAGUGAGCAGCCUCCUUUGGGCCACUUUCCUUUCCUGGUCUGCCUGGCCCCAGCCUUACCAGGGUUGCGAUUUGUCUCUUAGAAGGCAGCGGCCGGGUGCUAAGUGUCCCCUUAGCCCUUACAGGGCCCCAUGAAGCCCGCUAGCCCGUGAGUUGCAAGUGGGCCAUGGGUCCUGGCCAGGUAUUCCCCUACCCCACCAAGUGAAAGAGGUAAGUGGGUGCCCCCUUGCCCUCCGGGCGGUUUAGAAAUGCAUCUGGGCUCUCUAGGGAGGAGUGAGGGCCUCAAGGGGCGUGGGUUCGCAGCAGCACACAGCUGGACAGCCCCACUCCUUCCUGCAUGCCUGGCUGGCCCCUUCCCUGUGGGGGCAGUGACGCAUGCCCAUGUGCUUGUGCCUUUCCGUCCCCUGGCAGAGGAUACCCGUGAGCCGGGGUGUCCCGAGCUCAUGGGAGGGUGCCCUGUGGGUACAUGAACGCUCCCUGAAUGUCACGUGACAAAGUUGGUCCCCUGCGUCAUGCCAUAGACAAAAACUGACUCCAAAAGACUCAGUGACCUAGAUGUGAGACAUGAAAAAACGUCCUUCCUGUGGCAACGCCGUCCAGUAAAGCCGCCAAGCAAGCCUGUUGUGCUGGUUCUUUGCGGGGACCUCAGUCCCUGGAUGAGCUGAGCACCGUGAUGGGGUUGGGGAUGCUAGCCGUGGAGGUGCCUGGCGCUUAGUGGAGACUGGCUCCUUCCUUCGGCCUCCUGUUCCUGCCCACCUUCCUGGUCCAUGAGAAUUUCUGGAGCUAUCCGCCUCUAGCUGGAGAGACGAGACAGAGCCAACAUUAACCGGGAACCGUCACCAUUGCUGAGACCUGAUAGAAACCCCUGCCAGUUACCAGGGCACCUCUCAUCACGGCCUUGGCUACAACCGGGUCUUUGAAGUGUGACAGCCUCUCCGUGGCAGCCAUGGGGUCUGAGGAUCAUGGGGCCCAGAACCCGAGCUGUAAAAUCAUGACGUUUCGCCCAACCAUGGAAGAAUUUAAGGACUUCAACAAAUACGUGGCCUACAUCGAGUCCCAGGGAGCCCACCGGGCAGGCCUGGCCAAGAUCAUCCCCCCAAAGGAGUGGAAGCCCAGGCAGACGUAUGAUGACAUCGACGAUGUGGUCAUCCCGGCCCCCAUCCAGCAGGUGGUGACGGGCCAGUCAGGCCUUUUCACACAGUACAACAUCCAGAAGAAGGCCAUGACGGUUGGGGAGUACCGCCGCCUGGCUAACAGCGAGAAGUACUGUACCCCACGGCACCAGGACUUCGAUGACCUGGAGCGCAAGUACUGGAAGAACCUUACCUUUGUCUCUCCCAUCUACGGGGCUGACAUCAGUGGCUCUUUGUAUGAUGACGAUGUGGCCCAGUGGAACAUCGGGAGCCUGCGGACCAUCCUGGACAUGGUGGAGCGUGAGUGUGGCACCAUCAUCGAGGGCGUCAACACGCCCUACCUGUACUUCGGCAUGUGGAAGACCACGUUCGCCUGGCACACGGAGGACAUGGACCUCUACAGCAUCAACUACCUGCACUUCGGGGAGCCCAAGUCCUGGUACGCCAUCCCGCCAGAGCAUGGCAAGCGCCUCGAGCGGCUGGCGAUCGGGUUCUUCCCCGGGAGCUCCCAGGGCUGUGACGCCUUCCUGCGGCACAAGAUGACCCUCAUCUCGCCCAUCAUCCUCAAGAAGUAUGGGAUCCCGUUCAGCCGGAUCACACAGGAGGCCGGGGAGUUCAUGAUUACGUUUCCCUACGGCUACCAUGCCGGAUUCAAUCACGGGUUCAACUGUGCGGAAUCCACCAAUUUCGCUACUCUGCGGUGGAUUGAUUAUGGCAAAGUGGCCACUCAGUGCACGUGCCGGAAGGACAUGGUUAAGAUCUCCAUGGACGUGUUCGUGCGCAUCCUGCAGCCGGAGCGGUACGAGCUGUGGAAGCAAGGCAAGGACCUGACGGUGCUCGACCACACCCGGCCCACAGCCCUGAGCAGCCCAGAGCUAAGCACCUGGAGCGCCUCCCGGGCCUCACUCAAGGCCAAGCUCCUGCGCAGACAAAUUAGUCUGAAAGAAAACAGACACUGGAGAAAGACUGAGGAGGACAGAAAGGCCAGUCUAGAAAGGAAGAAAGAGCAGACCAGGAGGCCGGGGCCGCCGUAAGUCCACCUUGUCCCUGUGCGCACGCAUCUCACCCGCAACCCCGCCUCCGCCCCCCCC